UCCCCUCCUGCGUUUAACCAAGCGAUCCCAAAAUUCCCGAUUUCCCUGUUUGGUGGGGAUUUUCGUCAACACUCGAAGCCAUGAAACGCCCGAUCGAUGACAUCGUUGUGCCCUUGGCUUCUUCGGCUGCCUCCUCCGCCGCUGCGGCUCCUUCGAAACCGGUGUUCUUAACGAAAGCUCAACGUGAACAAUUGGCUCUUCAGCGACGCCAAGAAGAAAUCGCCGAACAAAGACGCCGUCAGGAACAACUGCUUUCUCGGAACCGCCCAUCCGACCCGAACUCUGAUUCUAAACCCUCCGAUUCCGAUCGACGGGACCGGGACCGGGACCGGGACCGGGAACGGGAACGGGACCGCGACCGCGACCGGGACCGGGACCGGGACCGGGAUAGAGAGCGGGACCGUGAGCGCGAGCGUGAGCGAGAUAGGGCUCGGGAUCGGGACCGUGAAACAGAACGCAGGAACCGUGAGAGGGAGCGUGAAGAGGAGGCUAGGGCCCGCGAGCGUGCUCGGACGGAGAAAUUGGCAGAGCGGGAGCGUGAGAAAGAGCUUGAAGCGAUCAAGGAGCAGUAUCUUGGCUCGAAGAAGCCUAAGAAGCGGGUUAUCAAACCCAGUGAGAAGUUUCGGUUUUCUUUCGAUUGGGAGAACACGGAGGAUACUUCUCGUGACAUGAACAUUCUUUACCAGAAUCCUCACGAAGCGCAGCUUCUCUUUGGUCGUGGCUUUCGUGCUGGCAUGGACCGGCGUGAGCAGAAGAAGCUUGCUGCUAAGAAUGAGAAGGAGAUGCGUGAACAGAUCCGGAAGAAGGAGGGCGUGGAGGAGAAGCCCGAAGAGGCUGUUGCACAACGGCGAAAGGAGGCUGCUGCUGACCUCUAUGACACCUUUGACAUGAGAGUUGACCGCCACUGGAGCGAGAAGAAGCUUGAGGAGAUGACUGAGAGGGAUUGGCGUAUAUUCAGGGAGGAUUUCAAUAUUUCCUACAAGGGUUCUAAAAUUCCUCGUCCAAUGCGUAGCUGGACUGAGAGUAAGUUGAGUCUUGAGCUAUUGAAGGCGGUUGAGAAGGCUGGGUACAAAACCCCUUCUCCCAUUCAGAUGGCUGCCAUCCCUCUUGGCCUUCAGCAGCGUGAUGUCAUUGGCGUUGCCGAGACAGGUUCAGGGAAGACCGCUGCUUUUGUGCUUCCCAUGCUGAGUUACAUCACAAGGCUUCCUCCCAUGAGUGAAGAGAAUGAGGCUGAGGGUCCCUAUGCUGUUGUCAUGGCACCUACCCGUGAACUUGCACAGCAGAUUGAGGAUGAGACCGUGAAGUUUGCCCAGUAUCUUGGAAUCAAAGUGGUUUCCAUUGUUGGUGGACAGUCAAUUGAAGAGCAAGGUUUUAAAAUAAGGCAAGGUUGUGAAAUUGUAAUUGCCACUCCUGGUCGAUUGAUUGAUUGCUUGGAGAGGCGUUAUGCUGUCCUAAAUCAGUGCAAUUAUGUUGUUCUUGAUGAGGCUGACCGCAUGAUUGAUAUGGGGUUUGAGCCUCAAGUAAUGGGUGUCCUGGAUGCAAUGCCUUCCAGCAAUCUGAAACCAGAAAAUGAAGAUGAAGAGCUUGAUGAGAAGAGGAUUUACAGAACUACUUAUAUGUUCAGUGCCACCAUGCCUCCUGCUGUUGAGCGGCUUGCUAGGAAAUACCUGAGGAACCCUGUUGUGGUAACCAUAGGCACUGCAGGAAAGGCUACUGAUUUGAUCAGCCAGCAUGUGAUUAUGAUGAAGGAAUCUGAAAAGUUUUUCAAACUGCAACGGCUGCUUGAUGAACUUAAUGACAAGACAGCAAUUGUAUUCGUUAACACUAAGAAAAAUGCUGACAUGGUUGCAAAGAAUUUGGAUAGGGAUGGCUACCGUGUAACCACUCUGCAUGGUGGCAAGUCACAGGAGCAGAGAGAGAUUAGUCUUGAAGGAUUUAGGACCAAGAGAUAUAAUGUCUUGGUUGCUACUGAUGUUGCAGGGCGUGGGAUUGACAUACCUGAUGUGGCUCAUGUCAUAAACUAUGACAUGCCUGGGAAUAUUGAGAUGUACACACAUCGUAUUGGACGUACUGGUCGUGCUGGGAAGACAGGUGUUGCUACGACGUUCCUGACUCUUCAUGACACUGAUGUCUUUUAUGACCUCAAACAGAUGCUUAUACAGAGUAAUAGUCCUGUCCCUCCUGAAUUGGCCAGACAUGAGGCUUCAAAAUUCAAGCCAGGAACUAUUCCUGAUAGACCACCUAGACGGAAUGACACCGUAUUUGCACAUUGAAGACUUAGUUGUUCGAAUAGGCAGUUUUAAAAGGGAGCACCGACGUUGUGCGUGACAAUGAGUUUUUUAGAUGGCUGAACAGCUUGCCAGUGGAGCUAAGGGGGCGUAAUCUGCUUUUUGUAGACGAAUAGCGUUGUAUUUAGUUUAAUCAUAACUAUCCUUUAGUCCUGGAUCCGAAGCAUCUGCCUUAUUGGUCAUACUUCAUAUCGUUCUCUGAAGUGCAGGUGCAGGAGCGUAGCCACUCCGAGCAGGGGAAGCUUAUUGUACCUACGUGGCAAGUGUGUCAGUUAGGGACUUGACUCUAUGUAUGGAAACAUUAUUUGUUGAUAUUUUUACAUUUUACACUAUGCCUUGCCAAUCAACUUGUGUUUUCUAAUAUUAUAUGGUAUUUCUACACAUGUUUCAUGGUUGUUGAUAAUUCUCUUUGUCCUUUAUCCUUUCUUUUUGUGGUAUCUGAUAACAAAAAAAUUUAGAAGCUAAUAGGUUUCUCCAAUUCUAGCAUUUUGGUUUUAUUGAGUGAUUAGUUUAAAUCAUGCAAAAUGCAUCUUCUAUCUUAUUGCCUCGUUGUCUUAUAGGUUGUGGAUUUUGGGGAGAGUUGUCCUGUUCGUCGCUCGUGUUCCAAGGUCUACGUAAAUCCUUUCAUGAAAGUUGUUGAAUUUUAUUUCUUCUAUACAAGUGCUCAUCUUUUUAGUAGUUUUUAGCUUGUUAAGUUUUUGUCGUGAGUUGCCAACAGUUCUAAUAUGUUCUUUAGUUUCUUUUCUGUUGCCUGUUGGAUUUGAAAAGGGGGCUCAGGAAAGCACACAACUUUACUUCACAGACAGAGUUCGUUUGGUGUUGGUUGACUAUCAUGAACCGAAUGCCAAACUUUUUUCCAAAGCACAUUUGACAGGAUGGUAAAUUUUAUGUAUUUGGAUGUGAUCUCAUGUUAUGUGUAUCACACGAUCCAUAGCUCGGCGAAGACGACGAUUUCUCAAGGCAUAUUUAAACUGUCAACUUUUUAAAAUUUGUUUGACUGGUUUAUUUGCAAGUCCUUUCCACGUAUGAGUGAUAUCUCUUGGCAUCUGUAUGAGGGAAUCCUUCAUUGUUUAGCUUUGUAAUGCGGUCAACCAUACGUCUGGUUUUAAAGUUUAUGGGAUAGUACCUGGUCAUAAGUGGAGUGUGCUGGGGAUAUGCUUGUGUUGAUUGUGGAAGGGACCAUCCUUAACACCAAAACAAUGCUUGCAAUAAAGAAUGAAAUAAAAAAUGACUUGAGCUGUAA